AUGCUGGAUCAUUUCGCCAAUGCAAUAGUCUUAUCAGACAAUGAAAGCUUCGAUGCCAUGGAAGUAGACGAGCCGGAGGACAUGAUGGCGCCUCCAGAAGUCUUGGAAAUUAAUGAUGAUGCGCAGUUUAGAGAUGAAAGUGUACCUCAACCGUACGGUAGUAUCGACCAUUUGCAUGCUGGAGAUGCACCUAGUAUAGCUCUACAGAACAAUCCAUUGGGUGUGCCACAAACGCCACAUGAAUCCGAAUCUGGAGGGGCUCAAGAGUUUCCAAGUGUGUAUACACGUCUGGACCUGCUACCGAUGCAGAGCUCUUCUUUUGGAAACACACUGAGAGAUCCAACGGGAAGACUUGACCUGUUGAAGGCGUCACAAGUCCGCAAGAAUGAUACCCGGAAGCGGCCCGUUGAAGUGGUGGUUUUAAGCGAUUCGGAGGAAGAUACUCCCGGCCUAUCACUGCGCCAUGGCACCUUCUUGGAACGAGCUGGUAAAACGCAAUCUCCUCUCCCUCUCCCUUCUGCUAAUACUCACAACCCUUCCGCUCUUCUUAAUCGUCCCAAUGGAGCUCAAGCUCUACGUCAGGGCUCUGGCACUGGUAACCUGACUCCGGUUAUGGCGGGCAAUGCAGACCCCAUGGAUCAAAGUUUGUUCAGUUGGGACCGGAGUAAACAGUCUAAUUCUCGCCAAAACGGAGUGGUAAGCCUCGAAAGCCUGGCCACACCCGACACUGGCCUUCACAGUACCAACGAAGACUCUCUGACUGAAGUGUCUGAUUUAACGAAACUAAUUACAUACCACCCAACCCCAGAAGUUGCACAGAUAGAGUCUGACGAUGAACUAGAGGAGGUUUCUAAAGAGGUUGCUGAGAAAGCAGCUACUUUCAAGCUGACAAGCUUCAAUCUGACCUACCAAGAUCUCUACUACAACAAGCCAAUCCCUGUCUAUCACGCGGGCGCCUACAACCCUAACAGCAGGCUGGAGGUGCGGAUAGAACCAAGAAUCCCCACUGCGACGCAGCUCCAAGAUAAAUACAACGAGUUAAAACGAUACAUCGAAACGCAGACUAACGAACGUUAUCGUCUUGUUGACUUGUAUGGCCAAUUGAAGGCCGACAUCGAUUCUAGACUAGCAGCUGAACUUGAUCCUGGUCAGGUUCUUAUUGAUCGGAUCAACCAAACUAGUCACAAGAUCCACGGCCUUGACAAAGGAUUGCAGGACCUUAAAAAUGAGGAACACACACUUGUCAAUUCGAUCCAAAGAAUGAUCUAUGAGAAUCAGUAUAUUACACCUAUUGCCGCAAAGCCUAACAAUCAGCCCUCGUUGCAUAUGAACCCCUAUGCAAAACCAAAUGAAGACGAAACCCAUCUAUUAGAAUUAUUCAAAGGAGCUUUCUCGGACACAAAUACAGAUGAUAUGGCGGAGACUCCAGAUCUGUUGGCAAUAAAGCUUCUUGACCAUCAGAAACAAGGUCUCUUUUGGCUCUUGAAAAAAGAGGAGAAAAACAUUGGGUGCUUGCUAGCCGAUGACAUGGGUCUUGGUAAGACGGUGCAAACUAUUGCACUUGUGAUGGCUCAUCGUCCUAAGUUUGAUGAGCCAAACACUACAUUAAUUGUGGGACCUGUUUCUUUACUUCGUCAAUGGCAAGCUGAGUUUGAAUCGAAACUUAAGCCAACUCACACUUUAAAAACCAUUCUCUAUCACAACACGUACAAGAAAAAACUUGACACAUUCAAGCGCUUAUCGAAGUAUGACAUUGUUUUCGUUUCUUACACUACAUUAGCAAAUGAGUAUAAGAAGCACUUCGGCCUCAGUGUGGAGAAAGUGAAUGACAUUGACGAAGAUGAAGACCAAACCAACUACACCUCUCCAUUCUACAGCCCAAGCGCUAAGUUUUUCCGUAUCGUCUUGGAUGAAGCUCAUUAUAUAAAGAACAAGGAUUCUCAGGCCUCCAAAUCUGUCGCACGCUUGAAGGCAGUACACCGUAUGUGCUUGACAGGAACACCGAUGCAAAAUAAGAUCAGUGAGCUCUGGCCUGUCCUUCGAUUUCUCCGAACGAAGCCAUACGAUGAUUUGGGGAAGUUCAUGACUCAAAUUGCUGGUCCUCUACUGCCCAAAAAUGAAUCCUUUGAUGACUACGAGUUAAAUGCUGCUAUGAAGCGUCUCAGAGCAUUAUUGACCGCGAUAAUGUUGAGAAGAACAAAAACAUCGACCAUUGAUGGAAAACCUCUCAUUGUUCUUCCCGAUAAAACCAUUGAGCAAGUUUUCGUUGAAAUGACUGAAGCUGAAAAGGAGUACUAUACCUCUAUGGAAACCUCCAUUCAAAACACUGCCCGCACAAUGUUGAACGAUACCGCUUCUAGAACUGGUUUCGUUGGUAUUUUGGCAUUGCUCAUUCGACUCCGUCAAGCUUGCAUCCAUAAGUUUCUUGUUGAAGUUGGGGAGCUCCGCGCAGCACAUAAACAUGCAAGUCUGAAGCAGACCCUCGAAACCAACUAUAGAAUGGUCAAGUCAAUGCCCCGGGACUUGAGGUCUCAGAUAAGUAUCUCUCUCAGACCAAAAAUUCAAGAAGUGAAACCAUUGAAGAAAGAAGGUCGUGGGUCUAGGGCCAAGAUCAAAAAAGCGUUGCCUCUUGAGGACCAUUUGAAUAGACUAGACAUGUUACUUCAUGAAGAUGAGAAUGUGAAAAAAAUAGCUGGUCAAACUGACGAGGAAUACGUGUAUGAAUCUGUUUCUGAGUCCGAGAACGAUUCCGGUUUGGAUGAUGUCCAACUUACGUGUCCUUUAUGUUUCGAUGUAGUAGGAGAGGACCAAAUUGUCAUUUUUCUGGGUUGCGGCCACAUGAUAUGUUCUGAUUGUGUCAAUAAUUUCCUUGAGGGUAAUGGGGCAGUCUAUGGAAUGGUUCAAGGGUCGCUGGCGACCCAGUGCAUGACAUGCCAGGCUGCUGUAUCCAAAAACCAAUUGGUUCCCUACACCAUAUUUGAAAAAAUCACACAAGAGCGCCUUACUUCCAAUGAAUUGGUCGAAAGUUUACUGAGCACUCGCACUGAUACAUAUGAAGAGAAAUAUCGAGCGCUUAUCAAAACCCAAGAUUUCUAUCAAUCUGCAAAAGUAAGAAAGGUGCUAGAGAUACUCAGACUGGUAUUCGCUGCCUCUGCAACAGACAAGAUUAUUAUCUUCUCAAAUUUCACAGUCACUUUUGACAUGUUGAAGGUUGUCUUCCGGGCUGGUAAUAUUCCUUUCUUACGUUACGAUGGUACCAUGGGAGUAGAUGAGAAAAAUGCAACAAUUGAAAAGUUCUAUCAAGGGUCGGAGCGUGUCUUGCUUAUAUCUUUGAGAGCUGGAAAUGUUGGUUUGACUUUGACUUGCGCAUCUCAUGUUAUACUCAUGGAUCCAUUUUGGAACCCAUAUGUGGAAGAACAAGCUAUGGAUCGUGCACAUCGUCUAGGACAGCUGCAGAAAGUGACGGUUUAUCGAAUUUUAACAAUGGAUAGUGUUGAAAAGCGUAUCAUGGAAUUGCAAGAGAGAAAGAAGGAACUUAUUGGAGCUGCGCUAGAUGAAAAUGCGUUGAAGAGUAGUAGUACCCUUGGAAGAAAUGAAUUGGGCUAUUUGUUCGGUUUAAAUACUCUCGAUGGGGUAAGAUCGUGA